GGACUCUAAGGGACGCUGUUGAUCAGUAAAACGGAGUCUUGUGUUGUUAGAACUGUGAUAGAGGAGAGAAAGACGAGAGGAUAUAAAUACUGUCCUCAUACAAGGAGGCUUUCGACGGAAAUGCAGUCGCACUGAAACAGCCUUUUUUGUUUGAUGAUAAUCGGACAUAUCUGCUUGACAGAAAUGUCGCACUGCUGAAUUGGAAUACAGCUUUCGUCUACAUGUCUGGGUAAACAAUUUUAUUCAGCCGUUUCAUUUAGGAUUUUACUUUUAACGAUAUGGGGAUGUGGCAGCAUCGAUGCGGAAAAUGGCUGUGUUGGACAUUUACAUGGCAGUUGUUCAUUUUUUUCUUUAUAAUUUCCACCGUCAGUGGCCAAAUCCGUUAUUCGAUACCGGAAGAGAUGAAGAAGGGCUCUCUCAUCGGUAAUAUAGCACAAGAUCUUGGUUUGGAUCUGAAGAGGCUCCGUUCUGGCCGGGCCCGUAUCGUGACCGGAGAAAACAACCAGUACACUGAGCUGAAAACAGACAAAGGGAUUCUAGUCGUGAAUGAGAGAAUAGACCGAGAAGAGCUUUGUGGAGACGUAACACCGUGCAGCUUCAGCUUUGAAAUAAUUUUAGAGAAUCCAAUUGAACUGCACAGAGUGACAGUAGAAAUAUUGGACGUAAACGACCAUGCGCCAACUUUCAAAAAUAAUUUAAUUAAUCUAGAAAUCAGUGAAUCUGCAACGAUAGGGUCGCAUUUCGAUUUAGAAAGCGCAUAUGACCCCGAUGCAGGGAUUCACAGCUUGCAAAAUUAUGUUUUAUCCCUUAAUGAUAAUUUCGUUCUGAAGCAGCAAUCCAACGCAGAUGGAAUUAAAUUCGCUGUAAUGAUUUUACAGAAGCCAUUAGACAGAGAGUUGAAGCCACACCUCUCUUUAAAGCUGAUAGCAGUAGACGGAGGAGCCCCACAGCGAUCUGGUACAGUAAAUAUUGAGAUCACUGUUCUUGAUGUCAAUGAUAAUCCUCCUGUCUUUAAUCAAUCACUGUACACUGCCACUGUUACAGAAAAUGCAGCCAUUGGCACCUAUAUAACUACUGUGAAUGCUUCAGAUGCCGACAGUGGCUCUAAUGGCUUGGUUACAUAUACUUUUUCAAAUGUAAAGGGGAAGUCUGGAGAAAAAUUUAAAAUUGACAGUUUCUCCGGCAAAAUAACAGUUGCUGAUAAUAUUGAUUAUGAAAAAGACAAAAAAUACGAAAUUAGAGUGAUUGCCAAAGACCAGGGUGGCCUAAGUGACGCAACCAAAGUUGUCAUUGAGGUCACUGACAUAAAUGAUAAUGCUCCAGUUAUAAAUAUAAUGUCAUUCACCAGUCUUAUUUCAGAGGAUGUCCCUCCAGGCACGACUAUAGCUGUUUUUAAUGUUAAGGAUGCUGAUUCUGAAAGAAAUGGUCAGAUAACAUGCUCAGUAGAUUCUAAUCUCCCCUUUAAAAUCCAGUCCUCUUUGACUAAUUAUUACAAUUUGCUUUCAGAUAUACCUUUUGAUCGUGAAUCCAAAUCAGAGUACAACAUAACCAUAACUGCAACUGAUUCAGGGUCACCUCCACUUUCUACUAAAGCAGCUUUACACAUAAGAAUCUCUGAUGUAAAUGAUAAUGCUCCUGUCUUCACUAAACUGAAAUAUGCGGCCAAUGUAAUUGAGAAUAAUGUUCUUGGGAUGUCAAUAUUCAGUGUGAGUGCACGAGAUUCUGACUGGAAUCAAAACGCAAGAAUCUCAUACUUCCUGGAGGACACACAGGUCAGUGGCAACCCAGUUUCUUCUUAUGUGUCCAUAAACUCUGAAACUGGACUUAUACAUGCAGUGCGCUCAUUUGAUUAUGAACAGAUCAAGCAGCUUGUAUUUACAGUCAAAGCUCAGGAUGGAGGCUCUCCUCCACUCAGCAGUAAUGUGACUGUGAACAUAAUGAUCCAGGACCAGAACGACAACCCUCCUCAGGUUCUGUACCCAGUCCAGACUGGUGGCUCUCUGGUGGCUGAAAUGGUGCCUCGUUCAGCAGAUGUGGGCUAUCUGGUGACUAAAGUGGUGGCUGUUGAUGUGGACUCUGGACAGAAUGCCUGGCUCUCCUAUAAACUGCAGAAAGCCACAGACAGGGCGCUGUUUGAAGUGGGCUUACAGAAUGGAGAAAUAAGAACUAUCCGCCAAGUGACUGAUAAAGAUGCAGUGAAACAAAGACUGACUGUUAUAGUGGAGGACAACGGGCAGCCCUCUCGUUCAGCUACAGUCAUUGUUAACGUGGCGGUGGCGGACAGCUUCCCUGAAGUGCUGUCGGAGUUCACUGACUUUACACAGGACAAGGAAUACAAUGACAACCUGACUUUUUACUUAGUGUUGGCUCUGGCUGUAGUUUCCUUCCUCUUCAUCACGUGUUUAGUGGUUAUUAUAUCAGUGAAAAUCUACAGAUGGAGACAGUCUCGCAUCCUGUAUCACUCCAAUCUCCCUGUGAUUCCAUAUUAUCCACCACGUUACUCAGACACUUUGGGGACAGGGACUCUCCAACACGUGUACAAUUACGAGGUGUGCAGGACGACUGACUCCAGAAAGAGUGACUGUAAGUUCGGCAGAGCUGGUAGUCAAAACGUGCUGAUAAUGGACCCCAGUUCUACAGGGACGAUGCAGCGGAUUCAGAGUGAAAAGAGCAUCCUGGAUGAACCAGACUCUCCUCUAGAGGUCAGUUACAUGAUAUAGCUCCGUCUAUGUGCCGUUAUAUCUUUGUAUGUUUAGUUAGACUGUUGCGCGCUAUACCUUCAUUUUCAGCACCAUGGACAGCAUCUCACAUUGCAUCACUUGAUAAUAUUAACUACAUUCUCAGGCAAUGAUAUGGUGUUCAAUUCCACUAAAAC